GAUCUUUGUGAGUUUUUGUAGAAAUGAUGGGGUGGUUGGAGUUCCGUACGGUGGUGGCGGUGUCGGCGGUGUUGAGGGUGGCUCUGAUCGUGUACGGGGAGUGGCAGGAUACCCACAUGGAGGUGAGGUACACGGACAUCGAUUACACGGUGUUCUCUGACGCGGCUUCACUCGUGGCUGCCGGUAAGUCGCCGUUUGAAAGAUCCACCUACAGGUACUCUCCUCUGCUCGCGUUUUUGCUCCUGGCCAAUUCGGUUCUGCAUCGCUCUUGGGGCAAGUUCAUCUUCUCAGCUGCAGAUUUGCUUGUGGGGUUGUUUAUAAGGAAGAUAAUGAAGCUUCGUGGGGUGCCGGAGGAUUUGUCUAUGAUUUCUGUGAUGGCUUGGCUGUUUAAUCCGUUUACGUUUACGAUUGGGACUCGUGGGAACUGUGAGCCCAUUGUGUGUGCUUUGAUCCUGUGGGUCUUUAUAUGUCUCAUGAACGGACGUGUGUUACAAGCAGCGUUUUGGUAUGGACUUGUUGUGCACUUCAGGGUCUACCCCAUUAUCUAUGCACUCCCUAUUCUUUUGAUUCUUGAUCCUCAUGUGUUUCGGCCCGGUCAGAAACCUAGCCUUCAACGUUGGGAACAUCAACAAGAAUCACCUCAAAGCAGCUUUAAGACAAGGAUUUCCUAUCUACUUCAGCCAUGGUUAAUUGUGAAAACUGCAUUUACACGAGACAGGAUACUUUUCUCUCUCAUAUCUGGGUCCAUAUUCUUCCUGUUUACUGGUCUUUUUUAUCAUCUAUAUGGGUGGGAUUUCCUGCACGAGUCACUGCUAUAUCACCUUACUCGUACUGAUCCAAGGCACAAUUUUUCCAUUUAUUUCUAUCACAUCUACCUUCAAUAUGAGAAUAAAAUCUCGGUAUUUGAGAAGCUUAUCUCAUUUUUGCCUCAGUUGAUAGUACAGCUUGUUCUCAUUUUGAGUUUCGCUCAAGACCUUCCGUUCUGCUGCUUUGUGCAAACAGUGUCAUUUGUGGCGUUCAACAAGGUAAUGACUGCCCAAUACUUUGUCUGGUUUUUCUGCCUCUUGCCUCUGUCACUUGCUUGGAGCAAUAUGAAGCUUAAAUGGAAAGGCUUAUCUUGCAUAGCAUUGUGGGUUGGUGGUCAACUUCAUUGGUUGUGGUGGGGUUAUAUGCAUGAGUUCAAGGGGCGGAAUGUCUUUCUUCAGCUGUGGGCGGCCGGCAUUAUGUUCCUAUCUGCAAACACAUAUGUUUUGGUUUCACUCAUCAAUCAUCACAGAUGUUCUCCUGUAUUCACGCGAAUGGAGAAAACUUUCAAGGGUGCAAAAAAAUUGAAGUGAUUAAAUAGUAGCUUGAUGGUCAGGUUCACAUGCUUUUGGCAGUCUAAUGCUGUGUUUCUUACAAUUGCUUUUUCGCAAUCAGAUAUGCACAUAUUGGUUGUUUGAAUU